AAAAUAUGCAAAUCUUUACGCUCAUCCAGGCAUAAAAAAAAAAAAAACCACACUAUCCUGGCAAUUGAAGCAACGCUUAAUCACAAAACGAUGACCAAUAAUCAACAUUGAUGGCCAUUCAGAUGCAACACUAUAGUUGCCUGAAUGCAUGCAAAAUCAAGACCAAAUUUCCCUAUCCAAUUUGCAUGACUCAAUCUUCUAAUAAUGACCAGAAAGAGAGUCUUCAGCAGCAAGCGGCAGUCCCUCCUCCAGCUGAUUCUGCAAACCAAUUUGCACCUUUAGCAUCAACUUUCAGGAGGCGACUUCUCACAGGUGUUGCCUCGGCUUCUGUGGUUGCUGUUGGCGCUAAUUUUGCCGGCAUUACUAGCUUUCUUCUUGGGUUGUCGCCUGAAAAUGCUAGGAGCUUGAAGCUAGAUGUUCUUUAUCCGAUUGAAGGGUAUAGCAGAUGCAUUGAAGCUAACCAGGCCUUUGCAGAUCAAGGAUUUGAGUUCAUAUAUCCUGCAAAUUGGGUUGGAGAUCAAACUCUGUUGUCUAGAGCAGCUGGGAAGGCAGAAAGAUCACUGGAUCCACCAGGGCUUAAAAAUGGCCGGAAAUAUGUAAAUGAGCCAAUUGUUGCAUUUGGUCCACCGGGUUCGACCGGAGAGCUCAAUGUCAGUGUAAUUGUCUCAACAGUCCCCAGUAAUUUCUCUAUUGAGCCAUUUGGGAGUCCAAAAGAAGUUGGAGAAGAAUUGAUCAAGACGAUCACUGGAAAACGUCCAGAUGUAAAGGGAACCUUAAUCCAAUCAUAUUCAAGAGAGGAUUCCUCCAAGAAUGUUAGAUAUUACUCGUUGGAAUUCCAAGUUGAAAGCCCAACGUUUCAAAGACACAAUGUUGCAGUAUUUUGUACCAAGGGAGGAAGGCUGUUUACUCUGAAUGCUCAGGCCCCAGAGUCACUCUGGCCACAAAUUAAAUCGGACUUGUAUACAAUUGCUGAUUCUUUUAGUCUAACCUCAUAAAUAAAUCCCAGUUGAGAAUUUUUCUGUCAUCAA